CGAUCUCGCUGCACUUCCCCCAUCUCGUCAGCUUCCGUCUCCCCUCCACCCUCCGCGAUGAACGUCCAAUUCAUCAACAGCCUCUCCUCCUCGGGCUCUCCGCCGCCCGCGCACACCCACGACCACGGCGCGGGCGCGCACACUCACGAUCACGGAGGCGAGCACGGACACACGCAUGAGCACCUCGAGAGCGCAGGGAAGUACUCCGAGCGCGACAUGCCUAAUUACAGCCUGCGCAACUUUGAGGAGCGCGGUUUUACGGUCGGUAUUGGAGGCCCCGUAGGCUCUGGCAAGACUGCGCUGGCCCUUGCGCUAUGCAAGCGCCUCCGCAAGGAAUACAACAUCGCCGCCGUUACCAAUGACAUCUUCACGCGCGAAGACCAAGAGUUCCUCAUCAAAAACAAAGCUCUCCCCGCCGAGCGCAUCCUCGCCAUCGAGACCGGUGGCUGCCCCCACGCCGCCAUCCGCGAGGACAUCUCAGCGAACAUGGGCGCACUAGAAACCCUUCAGGCGAAGUUCGGCUGCCAGUUGCUCUUGGUGGAGAGCGGUGGGGACAAUCUUGCGGCGAACUACUCGAGGGAGCUGGCGGAUUAUAUCAUCUAUGUGAUUGAUGUGUCGGGCGGGGACAAGAUUCCUCGCAAAGGUGGCCCGGGUAUCUCGCAGUCGGACUUGCUCGUUAUCAACAAGAUCGAUCUUGCGCCCCACGUCGGCGCAUCGCUGGAGGUGAUGGACCGGGACUCGAAGCUCAUGCGCGGCGAUGGACCGACGGUGUUCACAAGCGUGCGGGAGGAUAAGGGGAUUGACGACGUAGUCAGCUUGAUUUUGGCGGCAUGGAGGACGGCGGGCAACCCGGGUACGCCUGGCGCCGUCGGGGAUGCGUAGGAAGGCAGAAAAGUGCAAAAAGGAGGGGCGAUAGGCCGAAUUACCCAGCGAUGUACAACUUAGCUUAUGUAUAUGUACCUUGUCAUCUUCAGCACAAUGGGACGGCCCGAUGAAUGGGA